AUGCUAGGGGACUCAGAAUGGCAAGUUGUAAGAAAUAAAUCUGCUAAACGAUAUAAGUUAAUAGGGCAGAAAGGAUGUGCUCCUACUGCCCCGAAUGGUAAAUUUAAAGCUGCAGAUAUAAAGAUACCAAUUUUAAUAUCGAAUGUUAGUAAAGAUACAAGUGAGGAGGAUAUCAAUAACUAUAUAAGAUCUUUAAAUGACCUACAGAGUAUAUCUAAAAAAUCAGAUGUGGUUGCGCUGCAGGAGACUUGUCUGCUCCUCCACGAUAUACCGGUACUGGGAACUAUUUCAAAUGAUUUUGAAUAUACAGGGAAGUCGGCGGUGGACACGUCUACCGGCCCUCUGAUCGGAAGACCAUAUGGGGGGGUAGCGAUACUUUGGAGAAAGGGAAUUUUCGACAGCGUGUCUAUAAUAAAGUGCACGAAUGAUCGCAUUGUAGCUAUUAAAGCCAGUAUUGGGCGGCGAGCGAUUCUGGUUUUUUCCGUAUACAUGCCAACUAACUCACUAACCAAUCUACCCAUAUUUACUGAUGUGCUGGGCGAAAUAAACGCUAUAAUUGAUAAUGAAAAUGUUGAGAGUGUAUUUAUACUGGGAGAUUUUAACGCGCAUCCCCACGAACUGUUCUAUAAUGAACUCAUAGCCUUCUGCUCGGAGCAGAGCUGGGUCUGCGCCGAUGUUGAAAAACUAGGUCAGCAAAGUAACACUUAUACAUACUGUGACGCCUCAUAA